AUGAAUUUGUUGGUGUUGAAUGAAGAUGAACAAUCGAUUGGCGUGACUUCCACCAAUCAAUUGCAGAGGAUGGAUAGGCAAAGGAAACAGGGGAAGGUAUUAGGUUUCAACCGAGGAUUUUUCUGGCAGAAUUGUCAGCGCUGGGGCACUGCAUGCAAUUGGCGACCAGUUCUUCUGGGAACACGAAAGCAAUCCCAAGAGGGCAAAGGCUUCGUCGACAUCAACGAGCAGAAGAUCUUCUACAAUGGUCAAGGUGAGAUGAGAGACGGAGUUGAUCUGGAGUGA